AAGCUGCCAGCAUCUCAACCAUAUCUCCUUCCUACCAUCUCCACAGUCUCUCACUCUCUCCUCCUUGCACAAACUUCCCUCAGAAAACAGUUACAUUUUAAUCGUUAUUCUUGAAUUUCUCAUCCUAAAUUUUGAGUCUUUGAACCCAUUUACUCUGCCCAGAUAAUGUUAUGAAUUUCCAGUAAAAGUUGCUACAAAUUACAAUGGCUGCAUUUUGCAGCGGCGGGCAAGUUUGUUCAUUUCCUCUAUUUUCUGUUCGAAGGUCUUGUCCAAGUGCUACCCACCUUAAUAAGAAAAAAGGAAAUUGUCAGAUAUCUUUUGAUGAUGGUGGAUAUUCUUUUGGGAAUGUCAAACAAUCAGCAAGAGCAAGAACCUCUGAAAGAUGUCAGUGGGAAUCCAUCAAGUGUGAGAAGAAGAAUCCUGAUUAUAGUUGUGACCAGGAAAACAAAGAUGUAUCUCGAGCUACCUUGAUAUGGAGAGCCAUAAAGUUACCCAUAUACUCUGUUGCAGUAGUUCCACUUACGGUGGCCAGUGCUUCUGCCUACCUGCAAACAGGCCAAUUUUCGAUGCUGCGCUACCUUGGGCUCCUGAUCUCAUCCAUUUUUAUUAUCACAUGGCUUAACUUAAGCAAUGAUGUGUAUGAUUUUGACACAGGAGCAGAUAAAAACAAGAAAGAAUCAGUUGUGAACAUUGUUGGAAGCCGAACAGGGACCCUUGUUGCUGCCAAUCUGCUACUGGCUUUUGGUUUUGUGGGUCUGACUGGGUUAGCUUUGGUGGCUGGGAAUGUGCGUUCAUUACUGCUAUUGUUAUGUGCAGUCAUGUGUGGCUAUGUGUACCAGUGUCCACCUUUUCGAUUAAGUUACCAAGGAUUGGGAGAGCCGCUGUGCUUUGCAUCAUUUGGCCCAUUUGCUACUACAGCGUUUUAUAUGAUGCAGAUUACGUCGAGCAACCUAGGGUACCGUUGUCCCUUAACGACUACUGUCCUCUCUGCAUCACUUCUUGUUGGUUGCACCACCACCUUAAUCUUAUUCUGUAGCCAUUUUCACCAGGUGGAAGGAGAUAGAGCUGUUGGUAAAUUUUCACCGUUGGUUCGUGUAGGACAGAAAGCCGGAUCAGAGGUUGUCAAAAUUUCAAUAGUAGCACUUUAUGGUGCCUUAUUUGUUUUAUCACUUGGAAGUGCUCUUCCCUUGACAUGCACUGUUUUUUGCGCCUUGACUAUACCAAUGGGAAACAUGGUUGUUAGCUACGUGGAGAAGAAUUACCAUGAUAAUGAAAAGAUCUUCAUGGCCAAAUACUACUGUGUUCGAUUACAUGCUUUGUUUGGAGUGGCAUUGACUGCUGGGCUAGUUGCAGCCAGAAGAUUUGGUAAUUACACUCCAAGACUUAUAUUUCCAUGAUGCUUCAUUGAAGAUGGCAUAUUUUUACAUGAAGGCGGCACAUAUUGAAGAGAUUGUGGUUUGCUAUCGGCUUCUUUCUGCUCAUCGUUAUUGCGUAACGUGCACUGCCAGACUAUUCAAGUGCUUUCUUGUCGUUGACGUCAUCGAAAAUACAGGUUUUCUCUAGGUUAUGCACUGUAAUUUUUAUAAACUGCUAAAAUUCGGCCUUUUUUUAAUUUUAUAAUGCAGUAUAAUUAUUGGUCUUUA